AUGGGGAAGGCAGCGGGAGCGGUGGCCGCUUUGGGGGCCGAAGUGGGUGUGAGGAUCGUACUGUUCGCGACUUUCAUGUUCACAGAGGUGCUUGCUCCCUUCCAAAGGCUUAUCCAGCCAGAAGAGAUGUGGCUUUACCGGAAUCCUUACGUGGAAAUAGAUUAUUUCCCAACCAAGCUGAUGUUUGUCAUUGCAUUUCUUGCUCCUCUGUCACUGAUCCUCUUGGUCAAAUGUCUCAAGAAGGCAGACACAACAGACAGCAAACAAGCCUGCCUGGCUGCCAGCCUUUCCCUGGCUCUGAAUGGCGUCUUUACCAACACAAUAAAACUGAUAGUGGGGAGGCCACGCCCAGAUUUCUUCUACCGCUGCUUCCCUGAUGGGCAAGCCCUUUCGGACCUGAUGUGCACAGGGGACAAGGACGUGGUGAAUGAGGGCCGCAAGAGCUUUCCUAGUGGACAUUCUUCCUUUGCAUUUGCUGGCCUGGCCUUUGCGUCCUUCUACCUGGCAGGGAAGUUACACUGCUUCACACCACAAGGCCGUGGGAAAUCCUGGAGGUUCUGUGCCUUUUUGUCACCGCUCCUUUUUGCAGCUGUGAUUGCACUCUCCCGCACUUGUGACUACAAGCAUCACUGGCAAGAUGUCCUAGUAGGAUCCGUGAUUGGCCUGACUUUUGCCUAUGUCUGCUAUAGGCAAUAUUAUCCUCCACUGACGGACGCAGAAUGCCACAAACCAUUUCAGGACAAACAUGCACUUCCCACUGUACAGAAGAAACCUGGCGAUUCCUAUCAUUUUGACAUUUAGAAAUUGGA